GAACAUUAGUCCAGUAAUUCACUGUGUAUCACUGGACCUAAAAGCAUUGACCAAUACUUUAUUUUGUGUGAAUGCAAAAUACAAAAUAUUUACACGUGAUUUAAAAUUGUAUAUAUUCCGAAUACAAUUAUUUCAUGUCAAGUAUGCCGAUUCCUAAAAUAAAUAAAUUAUCGCAAUUAUUUCAACCGGUUACCGCCACGAUUGCUACUGCUAAACAAACAGAAAUACGUUCAAAAAGUUACGAAAAUUUACUUAAAUAUGGUUUGAUUAAACAAGUUACAACUGGUAUGUAUGCAAUUCUACCUUUAGGUUUACGUAUCUUUAAUAAAUUAACAGCACUUGUUGAUAAUGAAAUGCAAAAAAUUGGAGCUCAAAAAUUAUUACUACCAGCUUUAAUACCUACACAUUUAUGGAAGAAAACAGAUAGAUUUAAUAAUGUAACUGAAUUAUUUAAAAUACAAGAUCGAGCUCAUAGACAAUAUAUAUUAAGUCCAACACAUGAAGAAUCAAUUUGUUCUGUGCUAUCAACUAUAGGAAUAUUAUCACCAAAAAUGUUACCAUUAAAAUUAUAUCAAAUUUCGAAUAAAUGGAGAGAUGAAAUAAAACCAAGACUUGGAUUUUUAAGAAGUAGAGAAUUUAUGAUGAAAGACUUAUAUACAUUUGAUAUAAAUUUAAAUAAUGCACAAGAAACAUAUGCUUUGGUAUGCGAUGCUUAUGAAAAUAUAUUUAGGAAGAUAGGAAUAACAUACAUAAAAGCUAUUGGUGAUCCAGGAUUAAUUGGAGGUUCAGUAUCUCAUGAAUAUCAUUAUAUAAGUGAUAUUGGUGAAGAUAUUAUUUGUAUAUGUCCAUCUUGUCAAUAUAGUAUUAAUAAAACAAUAUUCAAGGAAUCACAUUGUCCUAAAUGUAAGAAUGCACUUAAUGAAAAAACUACUGCAGAGGUAGGUCAUACAUUUCUAUUAAAUACAAAAUACACAAUACCUUUAGAAGUAAAUGUAAAAAUAAAUGAUAAAUCAGUACCCUUAGUAAUGGGUUGUUUUGGACUUGGUUUAAGUCGCAUUUUUACAACUAUGACUGAAUUAUUAUCUACCAAAGAAGAAUUAAGAUGGCCAAAAAAUUUAGCACCAUAUACUGUAUGCCUUAUACCACCAAAGAAAGGAAGCAAAGAAGAAAAUAAAAGUCAAUAUAUAAAAGAAGUAAUAGAAAUUUUAAAUCAAUUAAAUAUUGAUACUAUACUCGAUGAUAGAACAAACUUAACUAUUGGAAAACGUUUUAUGCAUGCGCGCAUAACUGGAUUUCCAUAUAUUAUUAUAAUUGGUAAAUCCAUAAUGAACUUUCCACCUUUAAUUGAAAUUCAUAAUAUAAAUAAUUCAACAAAUUGUGAAAUAUCUUUAAAUGAUAUACCUAAUUAUUUUAAUAAUGAAGAUAUCGAAAUUUAAAAUAAAAUGAUAUAGUGUUAUA